AUGUAUGUUAUUCAUUUGGCAGAAGCUGAUGAAAGUAAUGGAAGCAUUUCCUCGGAAGAGGACCUGGGCCACGUGGAUUAUUCUAAGAAGUUCUCUGUGAAACAAGCUGUGCCAAAGAAAAGCAUCAGUCAGAUCAUCAAGGACAAGAAGAAACAGACUCAACUCACUUUACAAUGGCUUGAGGAAAAUUACAUCGUUUGCGAAGGUGUUUGUCUGCCACGGUGCAUCCUCUACGCUCAUUAUUUAGAUUUUUGUCGGAAGGAGAAAUUAGAUCCUGCUUGUGCUGCCACUUUUGGGAAGACCAUAAGGCAGAAAUUCCCUCUUCUAACAACACGAAGGCUUGGAACCAGAGGCCAUUCGAAGUAUCAUUAUUAUGGUAUUGGAAUCAAGGAGAGCAGUGCGUAUUAUCACUCUGUGUACUCUGGAAAAGGUUUGACACGAUUCUCUGGAAGCAAGCUGAAAAAUGAGGGGGGAUUCACCAGGAAAUACUCCCUUAGUUCUAAAACAGGAACUCUUUUACCUGAAUUCCCAAGUGCACAGCAUUUAGUGCUUCAGGAUUCUGUUUCAAAAGAUAAGGUCGACACAUUGAUUAUGAUGUACAAAACGCACUGUCAGUGCAUUCUGGACAAUGCCAUUAAUGUCAACUUUGAGGAGAUCCAGAACUUUCUGCUUCACUUCUGGCAGGGAAUGCCUGAACAUCUCCUGCCAUUGCUAGAAAAUCCAGUUAUCGUGGACAUCUUCUGUGUGUGUGACUCUAUACUCUACAAAGUUCUGACUGAUGUUCUCAUCCCUGCUACUAUGCAGGACAUGCCAGAGAGUCUUUUGGCAGAUAUUCGAAAUUUUGCCAAGCACUGGGAACACUGGAUGGUGUCUUCCUUGGAGAAUCUUCCGGAAAUCCUCUCAGAAAAGAAACUGCUGAUAGCGCGACGAUUUGUGUCCUCCUUAAAGAGACAGACCUCAUUUUUACAUCUUGCACAGAUUGCAAGACCUGCACUUUUUGACCAGAAUGUAGUGACUUCUAUGGUGAAUGAUAUUGAUAAGGUGGAUCUGAACAGUAUUGGUUCUCAAGCACUCCUGUCAAUUACAAGUGACCAAGAUUCAGACUUCUACUCUGAAUAUGACUCCAUUUCAGUGUUUCAAGAGUUGAAAGACCUCCUGAGGAAAAACGCCACAGUGGAGUCUUUCAUUGAAUGGCUGGACUCAGUAGUCGAGCAGAAAGUUAUUAAGCCCAGCAAACAAAAUGGUCGGUCAGUGAAGAAGCGAGCUCAAGAUUUCCUUCUGAAGUGGAGUUUUUUUGGAGCACGAGUGAUGCACAAUCUCACCCUAAACAACGCUACUAGCUUUGGCUCGUUCCAUCUCAUUCGGAUGCUUUUGGAUGAGUACGUCCUGCUAGCCAUUGAAACACAAUUCAACAACGACAAAGAGCAAGAUCUUCAGAAUCUACUGGAGAAAUACAUGAGGAGUGCAGAUGCUAGUAAGGCUACAUUCACCGCCUACCCAAGUUCCUGUUUCUUGGCCAAUCGGAAUAAAUCCAGUGUGGCAUCCAGUGAUUCGACUGUCAAGGACGAGAACCCAACAGAGCAUGACUUCCUGUCGCUCACAGCUGCACAGCAGGGGCUCGGGCCCAAUACUGUUGUGUACCAUAGUACCGAUCCGGACAACUUUACUAUAUCUGGUCAAAUGGAUUACUCGCAGAACAGCGCCCCUCUGAUGACCCCUCCGAUCUCUCCUGCCAUGAUCAACCGUAGCAGUGUGAUCAACCAGGGCCCGAUGGCUGUGAGGCCGCAGAGCAGCUGCCCCAUCCAGCCCCAGGUGUCCUGCCAGACCUUCUCCGACACCAUGUACCAGAAUCUGCACAAUACUAGUUCUGGCUCCUACCCCAGCUCCUCUUACUACCAGCCUGUUUUCAGAGCUCAGACUCACACUCCAACAUCAGCCUAUCAGGCUCGUGCUGAAAGCGGCCACUACGCACACUUCUCUGGACACCAGCUGACCAAAGACUGCUUCAGCAGCAGCUGUACCGUGUCUCCCUACAGCUCGAGGGCUGCAGCGACUGGAUACGCAGCCUCAGGUGACCCUGUGAUGGAUACUGAGGGCGUACAGCUGCUGGACUCCACAGGGUACAGCUUUGGAGGAAGUGUUGCCAGUGGAGAUGGAUGUUCAGGUCCAGUUUGCAGCUCUGGGCACAAUGGAUAUUACAGCAGCAGCGGGUAUGUGGACGCUCAGAGGAUGGGCACGUUUAUCGAUCAGCAUGUGUCAGUUAUCAGCAGCGUGAGCAGCAUUCGCUCUGUCUCGGCCUAUGCUGAAGUGCACGACCCUCUCAACAUCCUAGAUGACACGAGCAGGAAGACAACAAGACCCUACUACACUGACCUGUCUGCAAUGGGCGCACACACAGCAGGAUCCAGCAUCGCUCAUUCCUGCUCUAUCUCAACACCCUGCAUGUAUGGAGGUCCUGCUCCUUAUCACUCCCAGAAUGCACUGCUGCCUCUCCAGGGGACCACAGAGAUCAGAGAAAUGGUGACAUCUUUGCCCCCAAUUAAUACUGUGUUCAUGGGGUCAACUGGUGGGCCGUCCUGACUGAAACCUUAUCUGUAAUUCAACAUCUCUGCUGUACUCACAGAAGGUGAGACAUGUUUUAGCUCAUUUGUAUAUCUUAUAGUACAUUUUUCUUUGUCAAUUGCAUUGCAGACAGGCUAAUUGAUUGGUUGAAUUGUUGUUUCUUUGUGCUAACAGUUAGGAUUAUG